AUGUACACUUUUGUUAAUUUCUUUUCUCAAAGUUUCUAUCAAAGUAAUCAAACAAAUCCUAUUCCCACUCCACCUCCUUCACCAACUACUUCCCCCACUUUACAUGAAUGUACGGUUUGUAAGGCCUCAUACAGAAGUAAAUCUGGUUUAACACGACAUAAAACUAUUGUACAAAAAUACAAUACGCGACGUGAAGGGUUGUAUACAUUACCUCUAGAAGCAAUAAACGAGUUCAAAGCACAGCUUGUUCACGUUAUUCAAGAUCAUUCAAAAGAAUCAUGGGGAACAAGAAAUUGUAAUUCCGUUUGGUCCAACGGGCAGAAUGGUGGCUUCACCUCACAUUCGCCCGAUAUUAAUCAUAACAGUUUGGGAUGCAAUUUGCCUAUUAUGGUUGCAUUAUGUGACAAGUCAACUUCAAAAUUCCAAGAAAUUAAACUUCCAAGCCCAGAAAACAUUUCUUCUCAAAAAACUGGCUUCCCUAUCCAACAAGAUGACUUUGAUGGAAUUGGAUACAGAGGGUAUUCCAACCACAAUAAAUAUAACAAUUUCAACAAAAAAAUCACAAAAGAAGAAACAUCACAAACAGAAAAUGAAGAUGAUAAAAUGUAUGUUCAGAGCGUCUCUCUGUACUGGGAAGAUAGACAAGACACUUACAUGGCAAGAACGGAAAGAAAUGGAGAAGAUUAUAUACCAAAACAACAAAUUGGCAGCGGAAUCGAGAAUGAAAACAGUCAAAGCAUUAAAAGGGUGCCAUUUGGAUGCUGUCCUAACACAGAGAGAGUACGAAUCAUGCAAGCAUCUUUGGGCAAAUUGUGCAGAGAUUAUGGCUUGGACAGCACUCCAUGGACCCAAAUUCCAAAAAAAUCAUGUAAACUUGUACUUCCAGACGAUAUUGAUGGAGACUCGGAUGAUCAAACCUCUAUGUCUCAAAUGCAAAUGAACAGCAAGGAUGAUGAAAUGCUGGAGGUUCUUACCGAUCCAAAAAAUUCAUUAAUAUUGGUUGAGAUGAUCGCAUGUGAAUCUGAUAUUUGCCGUGUUUCAUCUUCUAUCGGUUUUGAAAUCAAAAUUAAAGUACCUCUAGAAAAUCUUAUUGUAUAUAUAAAACGUGUUAAAGAGUAUGGUUUCAACCAUAUCAUUAUCAUUGGGGAACUUUAUUGUGGAAUGCUUUUUUUAGAUUGUUAUGGCCGUUUAUUUGAAUGGGAUCAUAUGCAAUAUUUGUUAUUUCCACUUGGGGAUUAUUUGAAAAAAGAUUUCCAGAUAAAUCCAGCUAUAGCAUGGAAAGCAGCAGGUGAAUUUGUAUUUGAGAUAAAGACCAGAGAGGAAUUACGUACAAAAGAUCCUAUAACAGAUAUUACUAGUGACAGGUUUCUACUUUCUUUGAGUAAUAAGUGUUUUCAGACUGGAGGGGUUAAAUUUUUAAUUAUGGAAGUAUUAUAUAGCUAUUUGUAG